UGGACAAGCCGUCUCUGGUGGUGGACUUGGUGUCCAAAUCGAGGUCCGGUGGGCAUCCGGACGAGCUGGAGGACCCUCUUUCGGGAAUCCCGGCCGACGUCCGCUCUCAGAUACCGGCGGAGGUGGCCCGCCGAGCUAGGUCUUCGGGCGCCAAAGACAAAGGGAAGGAUGCAGCUGCUGCCGAGGACGAGAACGUACCUGCUACUCCCCACUAUUCGUCAAAGGAUAGGGUGGCUAUAUGCCGCAAGGUUUUUAAGGCCGUCCCCGCAGAGUAUGUUGCUUCUCUUCCUGGCCGCAAGACUGACGCCCAGUUUGGUGCGAUCCAGGCCACUCUUCUCGACUUGUUCUGCCGCAUGGAAUUCUGCAAGAGUUGGAAGACCCGCACUGCUGAGGAGCUCAAAGCUCAGGUGGCUGAGUCCACCCACCAUGGCGACUAUGCGUUCAAGUCCAUUGAAGAGGUCCGCCUGCAGAUGCAGACGACCAUAGACCUUCAAGCGAAGGAGGUGGCUGCGUUGAGAUCUGACAAGGCCGAGCUGCUUAAGAAGAUCUUGGCGCAGGACAAGGACAUGGUGGCAAUGGUCGAGGAGGCCAAGACAGCGGCGGCGGAAAUACGGGCGCUUCAGGACCAGUUGCGGGAGUACCCUCAGGUCAAAGAGGCGGCUGAGGAAGCCGAGCAUCUUCGUGGGGAGCUGGAGACGGCCAGAUCGCAAGUUCGCACCUUGCGUGAGCGUCUUCUGGAAUCCUAUGAUCAGGGGGAACAAGCGACCAAGGACGCUGUUAAGCACGCCUGGGAGAGCCACAUGUCAGAGUAUGAUCUUGGGUGGUUCCAGCGGCGAAUGGAGCACAGUGCCGCUGUGUUGGCUGCUGAACGUCUUGGUCAGCCGCCCCCUGAGUUUGUAUCAUCUGAUGACGAGGACGAUGCGGCCGCUCCCUGA